UGUGUGUGUGUGUGUGUGUGUGUGUGUUCUCGUGCGCGCCAGGAGCUCCGGAACUAGCUAGUAGCGGCUAACGUUGAUACCAAAAAUGUACAUGUCGCCAGUGGAGGGGAGGCGGUCAGAAGCCGAUAAAUUGUGUGAAUUGGUUCCGUUAGGUAGUUGGAAGACUGGGGACAUUGCGGGACAAUAAAACAAGACCAAAUGUUCGGUCUCUUUAGGAACCACGGUGCUGAAACAAGCGAGAACCGGAGCUCCGUUUGCUGAUGUGAAGAAGAAGAGGAAGGAACCCCACAACGAAACCAGAAAUCGAGGAUUCUCAUUGGGAUUAACGGGAUUCUCCAGAUGCAACUUGGUAGGAUGGAGGGAAAGUAAUGGAUUUCCAACACCUUUCCCAACACAGUUCAUCUCACUGCCUGUCUUCAGCUUAAGCCAUCCAAGUCUCUGCCGCGACCCAGCCAACGAGUUCGGACAUGGAUUGGACCUCUCCAGCUUCCAAGCUGAAUCCGUAUUCCCGAAGCCGCAUGUCUGAGGCCUGGCAGCAGCAUGCAGUCGCUCCACCUCCGGUUGUCCACGCACUCCCUCCAGGAGCUGAGAACGCACUGAGCUGUGCUGUUUAUGGUAUCGUACUACAGCCAGAUGCUCCGUCGCUGCAGCAGCAGCAGACCCAACAUGGACAGCACAGCCAGCAGCAUAGUGGGAGUCAGCGGCACGGCCAGCAGCAGCAGCACCCUUCUCAGUCCCAGCAGGCCGAAGCUGAGGGAGCGCACAAAUGCGGGGCGUGUGGACAUGAUGUCUCCCACCUCUCAAACCCUCUUGAACACCAGUGUCUCUUGAGUCAAGACAGGUCGUUCCAGUGCACCCAGUGUCUGAAGAUUUUCCACCAGGCCACAGACCUGCUGGAGCACCAGUGCGUUCAGGUGGAGCAGAAGCCGUUUGUGUGUGGGGUGUGCAAGAUGGGUUUUUCCCUGCUUUCGUCCCUGGCCCAGCACCACACAUCGCAUAACAGCAGACACCCCAUGAAGUGUUCGAUUUGUGAGAAGACGUACCGACCCAGUUCAUCUGGUAACACAACGCCCACUUCAUCCAGCAGCUCUCAGCCGCCCAGCAAUGAUGCAGCGUCAGCAAGCAGCAGCUUAUCCAUUUUACCUUUCCCCUCGGCUCGAGACCGACCGUACAAAUGUUCUGUGUGCCAGAAAGGCUUCAAACACCUGUCAGAGCUCACGCGUCACGAACGGGUCCACACGGGAGAGAAACCCUUCAAAUGUGACACGUGUGACAAGGCCUUCAGCCAGUCGUCCCACCUGCAGCACCACCAGCGGACGCACAGCAACGAGCGGCCGUUUAAAUGCGCCGUGUGUGAAAAGAGCUUCAAGCAUCGCUCCCACCUCGUACGCCACAUGUACGUGCAUUCUGGCGAGCACUUGUUUAAAUGCAACCUGUGUGAGCUUCACUUCAAAGAGUCGUCAGAACUGCUCCACCACCCCUGCCACCCGCAGGGUUCGCGCCCGUUCCGCUGCGCCACGUGUGGUAAAGGCUUCAAGCGUCCCUCCGACCUGCGUCAGCAUGAGCGCACGCACUCGGAGGAGCGCCCCUUCCACUGCGACGAGUGUCAGAUGAGCUUCAGGCAGCAGUACGCCCUGGUGCGCCACCGACGCACGCACAAAGACCCCACUGACCGGCCGUUCAAAUGCAGCCUGUGUGACAAGGGCUUCAUGCAGCCCUCCCACCUUCUCUACCAUCAGCACGUUCAUGGCAUGGACAACCUGUUCAAGUGCGCCUCCUGUCAGAAGGAGUUCAGCCAAUCAGGAGAGCUGCUCAGACACAAGUGUGGCGAGCCGUCCAACACCUCGCCCGACAAGCCGUACAAGUGCGACAUUUGCGGGAAAGGAUACAAGAAGAGUUCCACGUUGCAGCGCCACCAGAACGCCCACUGCCAGGAGAAGCCCCUGAAGUGCUCGCUGUGCGACCGCCGCUUCACAAUUUCGUCGGAGUUCGUUCAGCACCGCUGUGACCCCUCCAGGGAGAAGCCCCUGAAGUGCCCUGGCUGUGAGAAGCGCUUCAAGUACACGUCAGACCUGAACCGGCACCGACGCGUGCACACGGGCGAGAAGCCGUACAAGUGCGACCACUGCGACAAGGGCUUCAAACAGCGCGAGCACCUGAUCAAACACCAGAGCACACACUCCAGGGAGGGCCAGUUCAAGUGUGUUUGGUGUGGGGAGUGGUUCAGUGACUUGGUCUCUUUGCAGGAUCACACAGCGCAGCACACGUCUGAUGGAGGCGGCUACAACAUGCCACAGUGCAUUUGAGUCCCUGACCUUUUUGUUGUUAGACAGACGCUCCAUCCUCCUGACUGUCACCUCUGAACUGUUUAUGAUGCCUAGCAGGUAGUUAUGGGCUGUUCUUUUGAUUGUCGUUAACACAAUUAAUGUUGAGACCUUCAUCCCCGUCAGUGCUGUGUCCGCUUUUUGUUUCACUUCUUACUUUUGUAGGUAAAGGUGUUUUAGGAGCUUGAAAUGCUCUUCAUACUGAUGGCAACCCAAAAAUUGUGUUGUUUUCUUUUUAAAUGAAUAAUUUUAAUCACCUCUGCAAUGUAUAAUCCUAAAAAAACCUCAUCUAAUCGUUGUGAGUGCCCCGUUUCCCCUCCGAACAGGAAUCGCGCGUUCUCAGCUCAGAGCAGCUGAACAGGAAGUGAAGCCCGACGCGAGCUGUGUAGCGUAACAGGUGGAAUGUUCUGGUGGAAUAGGGGUUGUACCUUUAACUCAUUCGCUGCCACCAUUUUUACUGUUUUUUAAAAGAGUGACAGAACGCUGCACGCUAGGAUGAUGUUGACGCCAAAACAACCAAAACAAAGCGGAGACUCACCUCUUACAUCAGGAAGAGUCCGCGCUUCGAGCGUUAUCCGUUCUUUCGUAAUCCGUUGUUGAAUUGUGAUCGGCAGAAACUUUUCCGGUUCGCUCCUCACUUUUUUUUUACAGCAGCGGCCCAAAAACGAUCUCCUAACACAUGGAUGUUCUGCUUCCUGAUCACGUGACGUGUGACGUACGCGGAUGACGAUCGGCUUUAAAGCUGAGAUGUUUGUUCUCAUGGUGCGGGGGCUCGUCCGACGCCCACACAGUUAAAAAAUGCAAAAAAAAAUUGGCAGUGAAUGCGUUGAUCCAUUUUUCAGCCUGAAACUAGAGUUGGUUGCGUAGUAAAACAAUAACUUCUUAAUAGGUCAUGGGGGGUUUAAUUCUAAUUUACAUAAAGUGGUAAACGAUAAAGUUUAACUGUUAAUGUUUUCCACAGCCUGCUCACAAACGUGUUUAUUUACGAGAUCCUGCUGGUUUAAGUAUUAAAUUAAUAAAAGAUCUCUCUACUGUUAAUAAAGAAGGCCCUGUUUAUGAUACACUGAAGAACGGAAGCUUUUUUACUAGUUAUUCUCCCUACUUCAUGCAUUUCCAUCCUCCAGAGGCGACCCCUACUCCUUAGGGUGUUCCCUGUCUGAACAGAUCUACGGUUUGGCGCUGAAACGUGCCAUAAAUCUGGUUUAGUUAGACUUUUCUGUUUCUGCCAUGUUUGUGUUUUCUAAAGAAGCUUGUUUCUUAUCCAGCCGCUCACCACUUCUCCUUCCCCCACACUUUCCUCUGAUUGCUCCUCUUCCUCGUCCUGUGCCGACCCAGCGGUUCCCGUGACCUGAACUGUGUUUAAACUUCCGUUCUUUGACAUGAAGGAACUUUUUUGUGAAUAUAUAACGAGGUAUGAAGUUAGUUUAUUGAUCUUCUAAUGAAAUCGCUGAAGAGGUGUGUGUUGGCAGUGAUUUUUUUUGGCCACUACUGUUAAAAUACUAAUCAGAGGCAGCUCCGUAUUGUGUGCAGAUUAACCAAGAGCCUCAAACGGUUGAUGCUAAUCUCACCCACUAGUGAAAUAUUAAUGUGUGAAUAUUCCAAAACUCUGUUCUGGUCGAUCUGCUGCCGAGGUUAGUGUUGGUAGAUUAUGUGUGUUUCAAAAUGUCCAAGUUUAAAGAGCAAGCCACUCCAAAUCAGCUUUUUUUUUUUUUUUUUUUUUUUUUUGCUGAUAAACUAUAUAAAUGAGUGUCUGAUCGUGCUGCAGACACAUGUAGUCAAUAAUUCGGCCUUUAAGUGCAUCUUAGUUAAAAUUUUAAUAUUCUGCCUAAAACUGUCAGCGAUACACCGUCGUCAGGUAAAAACUCAGCACUGCAUUUGAGUUUAAACCUGCUGUCGCUAUUGGCUAAGAGGUACACUAUGAUGUCAGAUGGUACAUUAUGAUGUCACAAUGUCGUGAAUGUGUGUAUUUGCCUGCGGCUACGCCCUCUCGGUCUGCUAGGCAAUAGCAUUUGUUGCAUUUUCCAAACAAAGUGGGAGUUGAGUAAGAAUCUGGUAGGGGUGACUUGCUCUUUAAACAUGCCCCCCCCCCCCCCAGCCUGUACAUACAGUGGAUGUGUACUUGGCCAAGAUGGCCAGAAGUUGUCUAUUCUAAAAAUUAGAAAAUGUAUUGAUUUUUUUUUUUUGUAUUCUUGCAACUUUUUAUCACGUAAGACGUUCUGAGAGCUGUUCUUUCUUCGUUGAUGUUUCUUUCCUCGUCUGCUGCAGUUACUCACAGAGAAACCUGACGUGUGAGUCUGAGUAAACGAUGAAUUCGGACCAGCGCCUUCCUGGUCUGUCUGACUGCUGCUUCAGCAGCAUCAGCCUGAGUUUGAAGGGUUCGAUCCUGUUCCUGGUUCCUGUUGGAGGGUUUGUUACCUGAGCGAGCGACACCUGUCUCCUCUUUAAAUGCUAUGAGAUUCUUGUUGCUUUGUUUUGAUAUGAAUUGUUGCUUCAUUUCCUUUCUUUGCUCUGUUCAACACUGAUUUUAAGGAUUGAGUGCAGUAUUUAAGAAUUAUCUAGAGGUAUUUAAAACAAACUGAAGGUAGGAGUAACAUUUGGUCCUCUGGCUUUCAGACCGGUUUAUCUCCGCCUGGUGCAUCUCUCUGCCUCCUUUUCCCUGUUUUACACACGUAGUUGGAUGAUAGACCACUACAGCCAUUGUUUUUCUUAGUGAUUUGAACAGUUUCAAAGCCAAGAUUAAGUAUGUAUUGGUUUAGCAUUAGUUUAGUGUUUACGUAAUUUUUUUACUGAGGUGUACACGGAGAAUCUGUGAUGGGUGAGAAUAUAAACAGGAAUUUAAGAAUUACCUUUAAAACUCACUAAUUCUGUUCUUGCAAAAAUGAUAAUGGUGCAAAUAUGAAUUCCUCCACAACCCAAAUCUACCAGAAAAAAAGGAAGUGUUUUUUUUUUUUUUACAUUUAGCAAAGCACCAUUUUGACUGCACAUCCUAAAAUGUCACCUCCGGGUCGGGGGAGAGGUCCUACCUCAAGUGGAGGAGUUUAAGUAUCUCGGGGUCUUGUUCACGAGUGAGGAUAGGAGGGAUCGGGAGAUCGACAGGCGGAUUGGUUCGGCGUCUGCAGUGAUGCGGACGCUGAGCCGAUCUGUCGUGGGGAAGAGGGAGCUGAGCCAGAAAGCCAGGCUCUCGAUUUACCGGUCGAUCUACGUCCCAAUCCUCACCUAUGGUCAUGAGCUUUGGGUAAUGACCGAAAGAACGAGAUCGCGGAUACAAGCGGCCGAAAUGAGUUUCCUCCGUAGGGUGGCCGGGCUCAGCCUUAGAGAUAGGGUGAGGAGCUCGGACAUUCGGGAGGGACUCGGAGUAGAACCGCUGCUCCUCCGGAUCGAAAGGAGCCAGUUGAGGUGGUUUGGGCAUCUGGUCAGGAUGCCUCCUGGACGCCUCCCCGGGGAGGUGUUUCGGGCAUGUCCUGCCGGCAGAAGGCCCCCGGGUCGACCCAGGACAUGUUGGAGAGGUUACAUCUCCAAUCUGGUCCGGGAACGCCUUGGGGUCCUGCCGGAGGAGCUGGUGGAGGUGGCCGGGGAGAGGAUGGCCUGGAGCUCCCUAAUUGGGAUGCUGCCCCCGCGACCUGGACCCGGAUAAGCGGAGGAAGACGAAGACGAUCCUAAAAUGUGCAUAAAUGUUCUUAAGAAGGAAAAGGACUUUGCUUCCAUGUAGUAAGUAUCUGAUCAGAGCCAAAGAAUAACCCUACUCCUGCCCAGCAGAUGUGUAUUUAUUUUUAUUAGAAGUUUGGUUGCUUACAAAUGUUGCAUUUGCCCUUAUUUUAAAAUCCCUCUUCUUAUAACAGAAACUUGUCGAAUGACACGCUCCCUAGAAGAACAUGAUGAAAUCCAGCGUUCUGCUGGGUUUUACCGGAGGAGACACCAGAUGUUUGUCUCCUUUUCUGCAUGCUUGCUGUUGGUUCCUGUGUUUUUCUGUUUUCUAGAACUGGUGCUCUCCUCCGCUCGACACUUUCCCCCCUCUUAUUUGAUUUCUUUAUUAAACUUUACUGUAGUUUAUGUGAAUGGUGUUGAAGAGAAAAAAUAAACUUUGUGGCGACGUACAGUACGUGUACAUUCAUGCUCUGAGGUCAUCUGUAUGUAUGUAGCAUUCAACUACAGCACUAAUGAAUAAAACUUCAUUUACAAA